AUGACUACUCCGUUCAACUUCAACACCUCGCAGCAGGUCUACUGCCUGUCCGCGGCGUCGAACGCCGUCGGCUCCAAGCAGGGCACGGAGGCAGACCUCCAGCAGGCCAUGGACGACGCUCUGGCCAGUAAGCUGCCCCAAGUCACCGGUGACUGGGAAGUAUCUUGGGGUCCAAAGGUGUACAAACCCAUGCCCGAAGAGUCUGGGCCUGUCGAGAAUGUCUGGUUCGCUGCAGUUAGCGAGAGCCAGAAGCUCGUCGUCGUCGCCGUGUCGGGCACCGCUCCUCCCUCCAUCAAGGACUGGCUCGACGACAUCGACGUUGAGCGCGUGGUCAAUUUUGGCACGUGGGUCGGUUCGUGGUCAACGUCGACGGGUGUUCCCGUCCCCGUGGUCGACAAGAGCCCCGACACCACGGCGAACGCGUACAUUGCCAAUGGGACCGCGACGGGGGUGUACAACAUCCUCAGCAACACGGAUCCCAAGACCAACACGUAUCUCUGGCAGUACCUCCAGACCAUCACUCCAGACUACAAUGUCAUCUUCACGGGCCACUCCAUGGGCGGCGCCAUUUCACCGACGCUUGCCCUAGGCCUCAAGCAAGCCGGGAUGAUUAGUGCUGGCCAGGCCUACGCGAUGCCCUCGGCCGGUCCCUCGCCGGGCAACGCCAACUUUGUCGCGCUCUACCGUAAGCUCUUCCCCGUGACCGUCCCCCCUCAGGGCGGCGUGCCCGACUACGGCACACUCAACACCGACUUCUACAACACGGACGACAUUGUGCCGCAGGCGUGGUCCAUCCUGCCCACGGACGACCGCAACCUGAACAACAUCACGAGCCAGAUCUACACCUGGGCCAAGCUGGACACGGACUGGCUCGUGUACCUCACGGCGGUCGGGCUCGUGGGGCAGGCGACGCGGUGCUCGGCGGCGAGCAAGGUCGCGUACGCUCCGAUCCCGGGCACCGCGUUCACGUCGCCGAUUGACGGCGGGGUGCCGCAGAUCAGCUCGUUUGCGGACCUGGGGGGCUCGAUCCUGCGGAACCACACGAGCGACUACUGGACGUACAUUGGGGUGCAGGCCUUUGUGGACGAGUUUGACGACAAGGUGGUCCAGCAGCCCGGGGUCGAGCCGCUGCCGGAGACGCCGAUUGUCGCGGCGCCGGACAGUGCUGCUGGUGGGGCUACCGGCGUGCUGCCCGUCAAGGCCAAGGCCGGUGCGGGCUCGCUGGUCACGGUGCUAGAGCACUUGGUUGAGCCUUGA